UCGAUAUGAAAUGGGUCACUCAUGUAAACGCAUUCGCUUGUUACACACAUUGCUUGUCAUAUUUAGUUUACAGCUACGCUACUAAACACAGCAACUAAGCUUAAAUCUAAAUCAAACACAGCACAAAGAUCAACCAAGCACAGAUUCAGUUUGAGACAAUACAGACUUAAAAAUGAAGAACCAACAAGUAAGCGUCGACUAUUGGGCCAUGGGCAAAGCAAUGCUUUUAUAUGGUAUUCUAACAGUAUUGUGCUGGAUCAUGCUGAGGUUAUUCAACAUGGUAUUUUUGUUGCCAAGAAGACUAAGAUCACAACAGGAGAACAUACAGCAAACGCUGCAAGAAUUUAAGAAGCGAUUCCCGGACUUAAAUAUAACUGAAGAAGAUUUAAAAAAUGCAGAAAAAGAGCUGGAAGAAUACUUGAAAGAGGAUCAGGAUAAAACAAAAGAAAACAUUGAAAAGAAAUCCGAGGAAACGCCACAAUUGGAAGAAACCAAAAAAACUAUAUAACAACUUUUUCAUGUAUUUAAAAUUAAGGCACAAAGUACGAUUUUAUGUCGUUAUUAAAAGUUCAACUAUUUUAUUAUUAAUAAUAGAAUUUUAAUAUUAUGUAUAGUAAGUUAGUGUUAUAAAUAAUAAUGAAGGCCCAAUGGAUCAAAGUGUAAUAGAAAGGGUAUUAAUAUAAUAUACAAUCGAUAGUAUAAAACAUCAAGAUAGUAUAAAAUAUAAUCGAUUUAUAAAACUAAAUAACAUUCCAUAGAAACCGGAACUGAAAUAACAAAUUAAUUUUUGAAUCUUUCAUACCUGAUCCGUCACGUGAUUGUACAGUUUGUAUGAAAGACUCAAGAAGUAUUAAAAUUUCAACCCGUGCCCCUUCAAAAAUUGUUGUUUCACGAAUACUAUCGUUGGAUAUGGGAUUGUUCUUUUUUUAGCAAUGAAAAUAGAAUAGGAUGGUUAUACGGGGUUUCUCGUAAUGGAUAUACCUCAUAUACCAUGCUUAUACCGAAUGUUGCCCGUAACUAUUUAAUACACCCAUUACGACUAACUCGUAUCCUUUCUGUUACAUAUUGUAUAUUGUCAUACAUUAAAUAUAUUUUUAACUAGUUAA